AUGUCUUCUCAAACUCACACUCUGCCUCCUUUGCCAUACGCCUACGAUGCGUUGGAGCCCGUCAUCUCCAAGCAGAUAAUGGAGCUGCACCAUCAGAAGCACCACCAGACAUAUAUCAACAACCUGAAUGCAGCACUCUCCGCUCAAGCCUCCGCAACUGCAUCGAAUGAUGUUCCCACCUUGAUCUCAUUGCAGCAAAAGCUCCGCUUCAACGGUGGUGGCCACAUCAACCACUCCCUCUUCUGGAAGAACUUGACUCCCCCCGGCACACCUGGUAAUGAUAUCAGCGGUGCUCCCGCUCUACAGGAAGCCAUCGCCUCCCGCUGGGGCUCGCAUGAAGCAUUUGUCAAGGCCUUUGGCGCCGAGCUCCUCGGUCUUCAGGGGAGUGGCUGGGGAUGGCUAGUGAGCAAGGGUGGUGCGAAGGGACGACUUGAGAUUAUCACCACCAAGGACCAGGACCCUGUCAAUGCACCUGAUGUUCCUGUGUUCGGUGUGGAUAUGUGGGAACAUGCUUACUACCUCCAGUACCUGAACAACAAGGCUGGGUAUGUCGAGGGGAUUUGGAAGAUUAUUCACUGGGCCGAAGCAGAGAAGCGUUACACUGCUGGCGUGGAAAAUCCAUUGAAGCUGUGA